CGCUACAUUCGAUGGUUUGAUGACAGAGCGGGGGCGAGUCAAGUCAUAUAUAAAGAGGACGCCAGCUCGAAAGUGAUAUAAAGUAAUCUUCAAGUGAAAGUGUUCCUAAAAGACUCCCUCGAUUGUCGCUGAUCAUUCAAAAUGAAAUCAUUCCUGCUCUGUACAAUAGUUUUUACUUCUCUUCUACCAAUAUCUUUUGCACAGAAAUUGUUUGUCAAAUGUUCCAACCAUAGUGAUUGUAGUCCUAAACAGUGCUGCGCUGGAUUAUCGUCCACAAUGAAGGGAACUUGUCUCCAUCAACCACAGCUAAAAGAACCGUGCAAUCCAUAUCUGAAGCCCGGUUCGUUGACAGAGUGUCCUUGUCGACUUGGCAUGGUUUGUCUUCCGCGAAAAGACGGUUACUCCCGAUGCCAGCACAUCUCACCUAACCCAGACGAGAUCGAUGAAAGCAGAAUACAGCCUUGAGACGUGUUCACUAGGAAGCAAAAAUAGAUCAACAAUAAAAUUAAUUAUAUGUAAAUGCAGUAAUUGUGAUGGUGAUUGAUAGUCAUCUUUAUCCAAACUAUUUCUCAGCGAUUCUCUGCUUCUUUUUAAUUUUUACGUCUUUUUUA